AUGGAUGAUAAUAUUUUAGAUAUAUUUGUUGGAAAUGAAGAAAUAAGUGGUACUAUAUUAGAAAAAUUUAAAGAUCAACCUGAUAAUAUGGUUAGAGUAGCAUUGGUGACACUUGUAAAUUCCUAUACAAAGAUGUUAACAAUUCGUUUGAAUAGAGACGUUGCAUAUUCGAUAUACUCUGGCUAUAAAGAUGGUUUCCCUCAUUCUGGUGGUAUCAAUUAUAGUUCAGUGUCAUUCCCAAUUGAUCCUACGAAACCAAAUGUACUCUUUUCAUUCUGGAAGGCAAAGGAUCUAGGUUUGCUCGAACGUAUCACCGAUAGAAAUUAUCCAACCAGUCAAAUCUUUGAGAAAUUGAUUGAAUCUUUCAUAACAUUGAUAAAUAUGUCUGUCUCUGUAUUCUUUGAUCUCUCGGGGAUUCAAGCAUCUGGUUUUAAAAAUUCGAAUAAAUGUUAA